CCUCCCCUGCUGGUACUCUCCCAAAAAAAUAAAUAGAUAUUUUAGAGAUGAACUUGUGCUUUGACUUUAAUUACUUAUGUUUCUUAAAAAUUAUGUGCACUGAGUUACCUAUGAUAUAAUACAUGUUCAUUUUUUGCUUUACAUUUACAUUUAUUCAGGUAGUGAGUUUUAUAAUUUAUUAGGUCUAUAAGGUAAAAAUUUUAGUUAGAUAUAGACUUUAAAAAUAUAUUGUCAGUUGAUUAGCUGCUUUAUACUCUUUAUUGAAUAUCAUUUACCCAUAAAAUGUCAACUUAUGGAAAAAUUUAGAAAUAAGUGACAACUGAGCACCAUUUUCCUGAGCAAUGGGGAGGAAACUAUCAUGAAAACACUACUAACAAGGCCAUUUUUGUCUUUCCUAAGAAUUAAAUUAUGACAUAUACACUAACUGGUCCAAUGUGUUACAGUUCUAGCUGUUGCCAAGCAACAAGGACUCUUUUGUUCUAUUAUUUUCUGUCCUCAUCCCUUACUGCCCUAUCUACUUCUUUUGGUCGGGAAAAAUUAUCUACCUUAAAAAAAAAAAAAAAAGAAGAAAACCUACUCUAUCAACAUUUAGAAAACCAAAUCAACAACUUUAGGUUAGAUUAACCAAUCCUCAAUUAUUGGAAAUAGUAAGUUUUAUAGUAAAAGAGAAAGGCGUCAUCAGAAGAGCUUCAUUUACAGUCAGCCAAAAUUCUGAAGAGUGUGGAUAUGGAUUCACAGUGCACACCCGGAAAGAUCAGUAUUUCUGAAAGGUCCAUCCUUCCAGGAGCAAAGGCUGUUGAGAACGUAGAUUACCCUCACUACUGCAAUCUCUUAAGAAAAAUGAACAUGCCUUUUGUGAAAGGCGUCGAGGACAGACAUGACCAUGGCAGAAUUGAAAAGAAAUGCAAUCCUACUUUUCUUAAGUUUCAUCCUUAUCCCCCUUCAGUCAUGCCAGACUAUCAUUUACACUAUCCUUAUCCCCCGCCAUAUGGGCAAGAUUAUCCACUAUUUCCACUUCGGGAUGAUGUGCCCUUGGGUGAUCCCUGUUCAGGGUUUUUGAGUCCUGGUGGUGAUGCUGAUUUAAAACCUGGCAUUGGCAGAACCAUACCAAACCUGGUGGAUUUCAGUGACGUGAAACCGCAGCAUCGAGUUCCCAGGCCAGACACAGGAUUUCAAACAGCACUGAAAAGGCAAAAAAUUUUAUUAGAAGAACUAAAACAAGACAGGAGAUGGAAUUCCAGGGCAACACCGGACAUUUCCAUCAGAGCAAAACUUGGAGGUUGGACAAGCCCACUGAAGGUUACUCCUUUACCACCUCGUCACGAAGCGUGCUCAAUAAAUCACACAUAUGUAUUUGAUGAAGAACCAACAUGCACGGAGGAUGGAGAAUCACUUUUACAGCCAAAAAGGAAAUAUAACGCGAAGGACUCAUUUUACAAGUCCUCGACACAAAAAGCUUAUGAAGUUGUUCCUUGGGAUAAGAUGCUACCACCGAAACUUGAUCCAGAAGAAACAACAGUGGAAAAAGCUGCUGAUCCGAUUUCACAGUGCUUUACACAGAAAAGAUAUGAAGGGGUACCAGCAAUAACCCAGAUGGUUGGUGGACUCUGGGACAGAUUUCAAACAAGAUCUUUCUUGGCACCCAUCAAGCCAGUGACUUUUGUGAGUCCAAGUUCCAGAAGCAAAUACAUCCCUCUUUAUACGGGUUGUGUGCAGUCUACAAAUGCCGAUGAUGUUGACAACCCCUUUGGAGACAUCACAUCUCUUGCCAUGCCUCGGGGCUCCAGGAUUCUUUAUACAAACACAAGUCGCUCUGCCAAUAUUCCAGGAUACACUGGUAAGGUUCAUUUCACAGCCAGCCACCCAGCAAAUUCUGAUAUUCCAUCAACGGCCCCAUCACCAGACUCAGAAGUGCACCGCUUUGCACACACACGACCCUCCUGCAUCGACACCGGAACACGCCUGGGUGCAUGGAACACACCCCGUGAGACGCACGUUCGCUUCCCCCGAAUCGCCGCCUUCUGUUUCAGAAGAGACAACAUUCUGUUGAAAGUCGACAUCCGGUUUUAAACACCGUUUCGCAAACUGAAAGCCGGAGAUGUUAGAUGGAAGGUUAUCGCCGACCCCGUCGUUCGGAGCUGCCCGAGAGGAGCUGCGCGCUGCUGCUCGUUAUGACUCAAAUUUGAAAACAUUUGAUGGAAGUCCCGGCCUCGCAAACAAGAUGACGGUUUUGAAAAAUGCAAACUCAGAGGUCUUAACCAGGUCCAGUCGCUGGCUCCCGCAAAGAAAUAAACUACCUCAGUAGGUCCCUGUGCGUCCUGGAGGCGGAGGGAGGCAGUGCUCCCUCGCUACCCCCCAGAGGGUGCCUUUUCUCCUUUUGGUCUUAGCAAACAUUUAUUGGGCAUCUGCUCUGGGCCCAGGCACUGUUCGAGGCGCUGUGCGCAUGGGCUGAACAGACACGAGGCUCGUUUUCAGGACCUUAUGUGCCGGUGUGAUCGACGGAGGGCACAGACGCCCACAAGUCACUGGGGGAAUAAGAUGAUCUCAGCGAGUGCAGUGAAGGAGAAAAGGCGGGGAGACGCCAUAGCCAGUGCCUGGACAGGGUGCUGAUUUAGCUCCGCGGUCAGAGAGGGCUUUCUGAGGAGGUGACCCUCAGGUGGGAGUCCUCCCAGGUUUCUUACCUGUUCUGAAAGGCAGCAAGGGUGAAGGGACUCCUGGGCCCAGGUGGGCAGUUGGUAUGGCUGUGUGCUAGUCCCCAGGAAGUCACAGGAGUUAGACCCAGUUUGCACGGAGCUCACGGGCUAGUGGUGAGCAAGAAACACACCGCUGGAGUCCGAGGAUGACAAGUGUCACCACAGUCGUGUCCCUGACGUGGGUGAGCUCUUCCUCUCCACCGGGCUACCCAAGUGCUUUGUGCUUAACUGACCCACCUCCCCAACCCAGAAAGCCUGUGAGGAAGAUGCUCUUGUUUUCCCAUUUUAUGGGUGAGGAAAGGGAGGCAGACACAAGGUUCUAGGAGAAUUCUAGGAAGGCUUCAUGGAGGAAGGGUUACUUUGGAGGAGGGCCCUUGGUCUCAUAGAUAUUUGGGGGGCCAGGCUGCGUGUGGCAAGGCUGGCUUCCUCCAGGGAUCCCACACAUGAAGGCCCUCACUACGCAACCGUGGACCACAGGAGAGCCUCGUGUGGCCCUGUGUCUGAGGGACCCAGAUCAUUCCACACCCUGUGCACAGGACCUGGUUCCUCAGGCAGGGACCAAGUGGGGGACGUGCCUGCUGACACAGGGCUUCCUCAACUGAUCUAAAUUCUGUGUUUGCUGAUUGCUUAGGCUCAGGGCCAUCUGACAAGAUGCAUUUUGAAGGAGAACAUUGGCUUUCUAGGCUAGUGUUUUGCAUCCAACCAGUUUUCUCUCAAGACACAUUUUCAAAGGUCACAGGUCCAGUCGCAAAGGCAGGACUGACAGAAAUUGAGACAAUUAGUGUAAUUUUAUUUCACUGAAGGGCCCAAGGAAGCAAUGGCACAAUUAAAUGCAUCCUAAUGUCUGUCGUGAAGACGUAGCUCCCAGAAGGCUGGAAAAAUACACCGUGUCUGAGCAGUUAAUGAUGGAGGAGAGGCCCGAUGAUGUUUUCCCAGGGCAAUGCCAACCUUCCUCAUCUCCGGCCUUCUUCCUUCAGGAUCCAUCUUCUCUCCCCAAACAUCUCGGGCCGCAUCCCUGACGCCCUGUUGGUAUAGCAUGUUUCCACAGCCACAGGAUCUAGCUGUCCAGUGUUCUACUAUGUCCCAAAGAAGUCUGUAUUUCUUUUUUUAUUUUUUUAAAUGUUUAUUUACCAUUGAGAGACAGAGAGACACAGAGCAUGAGCA